ACUAGUGAAUAUAUUUGUAGAUUAAACCAAGCAUCGGUACGACCACUAUCCCGGAGCAGUGGCCAACUUCGACAGUUUGGCAAAAUUACGCUUCGGCUGAUCGUCUACUAUGACAAGUCGUUACUACAAAAAUACAAAAACAAUAAGUCGGCUCUUUAUGACUACAUCUAUCGUGUUAUGUAUAGUAUGGCACUUGUCUAUCGUCACCGUACUCUACAGAAAGUGGCCAAUUUUGCUAUGAAAGUGGACCGCAUCGGUGAAUAUCCCAAACCGAUUAAUGCCGUUCACGACGGCUAUACUUAUCGGCGAUCAUUUCGCAGUUGGUUUAUAAAUGAAUCGGGCGGUCGGCAUAAGUUGGCCAACAAUUCAAUGGUCAUAUUAUUUACCGGAUAUAAUUUUAGAUCAAACGACCUGAGAAUAACUAACUCUAAAACACAAGGUUUAGCAUAUGUUGAAACUUCCUGUAACUGGAUCUACACUAAUGACUCUCGAAUGGCCGAACCGUGCAUACUGGUCGAGGCCCGAUCCUAUCGGGCCGUCUUUAUUGCUGCUCACGAGUUGGGUCACACUCUCGGUAUGUAUCACGAUGAAGGUGCCACACAAACAGUUAAAUGUGGUAAAAAUCACAUAAUGUCAGAGACUACCGGUUCCGGUAAAGUAACCUGGUCACAUUGUAGUCAACAAUAUUUGAACAGAUAUAUCAUUGAAGCUAAUAAACCAGUUAAAGAUUGUCUAUUUAAAAAUGACCAUGCUCAAUCAUCAUCAGCAUCAUCAUCGUCGUAUUCAUCAGUAAUUCAAUUUCCCGACGAUCCCGAUAUUAGUCCCGCUGUAAGGGAUCCCAGAAAUUAUAUGUCGACGAGUGUUGAUCUUCAAUGUCAGACAGCAUUGGGAUUGCAUUUCAAAUAUUAUCGCAAAUCAAAAUUUAAUAUAUGCAAUCAAUACAUUGUUUGUACUAACGGUAUGGUCAACAUAGAUAUAGGUCCGGCCAUUGAAAAUACCACUUGUGGUGUCAAUAGAUAUUGUAUUGAAGGCAAAUGCGAUUAAAAUAAUUUAUUUUAAUGUA